GAAUACUCUGAUGUCGGGAGAUUAACCAAUGAGCGUUGACGUCUUUAUUGUAAAAAUGUUACCCGAUUCAUUGUGAGGCAGAGUACCUGUAAAUAAAUAUCGUUUACGCUUCGAAAAUCUAAAAAAAGUAAGGAUGAAGGUGGUCAAUUUGAAACAAGCCAUUCUGCAGGCAUGGAAGGAGCGUUGGAGUGACUACCAGUGGGCUAUCAAUAUCAAGAAAAACUUUCCAAAGGGAGCAACAUGGGACUACCUCAACCUUGCAGAGGCCCUGAUGGAGCAGGCAAUGAUUGGUCCCUCUCCCAACCCACUCAUUCUGUCUUACCUCAAAUACGCCAUAAGUUCUCAGAUGGUGUCUUAUUCCAGUGUGCUCACAGCUAUCAGCAAGUUUGAAGAUUUUUCUCGGGAGCUGUGUGUCAAGUCAUUGUUGGAGAUAAUGGACAUGUUCUGCCAUCGACUCAGCUGUCACGGGAAAGUGGAGGAAUGCAUCGGGUUGUGUCGUGCUCUGUUGGGAGUGGUAGUGUGGCUGCUGCAGGGCUGUGCGUGGUACUGUGAGAGGCUGAGAGAACUGGGUCCUUCAGCCAGCACGGAGGCCAGUCUGAGAGACUGCCAGGAAAGACUACACAGUCUAAUUAAAAGCACCAAGAACAGAGCUCUUGUCCAUAUUGCACGACUGGAGGAACAAGGUUCCUGGAGCAACGUAGAACAAGCAGUGCUUAAAGUGACAGAUGCCCUCAGCAGUGUGCCUAACCAGACGAUGAGGACUAAAUUAGAGGAGAGCUUGUCACUAGUGAAAAGUAUUCCUCUGUUGCUGUCUGUGCAGUGUGACCCUCCAGUCCGUGCCUCCUUCCCAUCAGUUCAUGCCUUCAUAAUGCUGGAAGGCACAAUGAAUUUGACCGGGGAGACACAACCACUAGUCGAGCAGCUAAUGAUGAUCAAGAGAAUGCAGCGAAUUCCUGCUCCUCUUUUUGUCCUGGAGAUAUGGAAGGCUUGCUUCACUGGCCUCAUUGAGUCACCAGAGGGCACAGAGGAGCUUAAAUGGACUGCCUUCACUUUCCUCAAGAUCCCACAAGUUCUACUCCGACUGAAGAAAUAUCCUCAGGGUGACAAAGGACAGGAUUUCAUGGAGGAUGUGAAUGUUGCAUUUCAUUACCUACUUAAGCUUACACCACUGCUGGACAAAGCAGAUCAGAGAUGCAACUGUGACUGCCUGGGAAUGCUCCUGCAGGAGUGUAAUAAGCUCGGUUUGCUCUCAGAUAUAAACACAACCAGCCUUACUUCAAAACGGACCGAGGACAGGGAGUUUGCCCCAAGGCUAAAGACUGCAGAAAAUGCUAACAUCCAGCCGAACCCUGGCCUCAUCCUGAGAGCUGAGCCCACGGUCACCAAUAUUCUCAAGACAGUAGAUGCAGACCAUUCAAAGUCCCCUGAGGGCCUUCUUGGGGUCCUUGGCCACAUGCUGUCUGGGAAGAGCCUGGAUCUGCUCCUAGCAGCAGCAGCAGCGACUGGGAAACUCAAAUCUUUUGCCCGAAAGUUCAUCAAGCUGAAUGAGUUUCCCAAGCACAUCAGUGGUGAAGGAUCCAAGUCUGCAUCUGUGCGAGCCCUGCUCUUUGACAUCUCCUUUCUCAUGCUCUGCCAUGUGGUGCAAACUUAUGGUUCUGAGGUGAUUUUGUCAGACCCCAGUCCUUCUGGAGAGACGCCCUUCUUUGAAACAUGGUUGCAGACAUGUAUGCCUGAAGAGGGCAAAACUCUGAAUCCAGACCACCCCUGCUUCAGACCUGAGCCUGGAAAAGUGGAGAGCCUGGUGACCCUUCUGAACAACUCCCCAGAGAUGAAACUAGUUCAGGUGAAAUGGCAUGAAAUCUGCCUCAGCACUCCAGCGGCCAUAUUGGAAGUUCUGAAUGCGUGGGAAAAUGGCGUUCUUUCUGUGGAAGCAGUGCAGAAGAUCACUGACAACAUCAAGGGGAAGGUUUGCAGUAUGGCCAUUUGUGCAGUGGCCUGGCUGGUGGCCCACGUCAGGAUGCUGGGACGGGAUGAGAGGGAGAAGCCCCAGACCAUGAUCCGACAGCUUGUAACCCCUCUGUAUGGGGAGAACACACUGCAGUUUUACAAUGAACGUGUGAUCAUUAUGAGUUCCAUCAUGGAGCACAUGUGCGCCGACGUCUUCCAACAAACAGCCGCUACUCUGCGUCCUCCAGUGGAGGGCCAGGAGCCGAUCCCCUACCGCAACCUUCUGCCAGCCAAAGAACCCAUCCACAAGGCCCUCAGCACGCAGUUCCAGGCGGUGCUACGUAAAGGCUGGGUGGACAGCCGAGCUCUGCACCUGUUCGAGAGUCUUCUCAACAUGGGAGGGGUCUUCUGGUUCACUAACAAUCUAGUCAAGGAACUGCUGAAGGAGACGCGUCAGGAGUGGGCCAAUCGGGUGGUGGAGUUGCUCUACAGCAUCUUCUGCUUGGACACUCAGCAGAUUACGCUCACGCUGCUGGGUACCAUCCUGCCCAACCUGCUCACCGACUCCGCCCACUGGCAGAGCCUAGCAGACCCACCUGGAAAGGCGUUGGCAAAGUUGUCUGUGUGGUGUGCACUCAGUUCUUACUCUUCCCACCACAAAGGAUCUUUCUCAGCUCGUCAACGAAAAAGGCAGAGGGAAGAUAUUGAGGACUACAACAGCCUCUUUCCUUUGGAUGACACUCAACCAUCUAAACUCAUGCGGCUGCUCAGCUCCAAUGAGGACGAGCCUGCAGCUCUUUCCAGUCCAGGAGAUCGAUCUAUGAGCAGUUCACUGUCUGCUUCUCAGCUCCACACUGUCAACAUGAGGGACCCUCUGAACCGAGUCUUGGCCAACCUUUUCCUCCUCAUUUCCUCCAUCCUGGGUUCCAAAAUGGCAGGACCCCACACACAGUUUGUGCAGAGUUUUAUGGAGGAAUGCGUUGAUUGCCUGGAGCAGGGAAGUCGUGGGAGCAUCCUGCAGUUCAUGCCCUUUACAAUGGUUUCUGAGCUGGUGAAGCUGCCUGCUCUGGCCAAACCUAAAGUCGUCCUGGCUAUCACUGACCUGACUCUGCCGCUGGGGAGGAGAGUAGCUGCCAAAGCCAUCUCUGCUCUGUAAGCUCUGGGUUUAAAUUUACCAAAGUACCAAAUUGACAGAGUGAUCCUCUGUUGGCAGGAGAAAUACAGGCCAGUGGUAAAAACAAAACAGGAGCCCUGUAUGCAGCUGGAUUAUCGAUUUAAUACAGUGGUCUCGUUUGAAUAUGUUAAUAUUAAUGUUUCUGUAAACUGUUUUGCUAUCAUUUUUAUGAUCCCUUUUCACACUUCAAGAAUUGUGUAAAUAAGUUUUAGAAUAAAAGAAAACGCAUAAUGUA